AUGAGAGCAACAAAUUUAAUCAUAGCAUUUUCAGCUGUGGGAUGGGCCAAGCCAGUCGUCCAAACUGGACUAGAUGUGCUUCGAGCAGAGAAUUACUCUAAGCUGGCUGGUCGGAAGGUCAUCAUACUGAGUAAUCCAACCGGCGUCACGCCAGAGCUUGAUUUGGGCGUUGAUGUCAUGUUUAAGUCGGGCAGCGUUGACCUAGUUGGUGUAAUGGGCCCUGAACAUGGGUUUCGGGGCACCGCUCAAGCCGGCGGUUCUGAAGGCACUUUUACUGACCCGGAGACAGGUCUUACUGUCUAUGAUGCGUAUAAUGUUAAUACAACUACCCUCGUUCGCUACAUCACUGAGUCAGAAGCCGACACCGUGAUAUUUGAUAUUCAGGAUGUUGGCGCACGGUUUUACACAUACACAUGGGCUAUGUAUGAUACUAUGGUCGCAGCCGCCUUCACAAACACGACGUUUAUCGUUCUUGACCGUCCCAAUCCUCUAACUGGAAUGAACGCAUUUGGACCUGUCCUGAACGAAACCUAUGCAUCCUAUGUUGGACGCCGCCCAAUUGCUCAAGCACACGGUAUGACCUCAGGGGAAUUGGCGACUAUGUUUGUCGGAGAAGGAUGGAUUCAGCAAGCUGCGAAUGGAUCAGAGCUCAGACUGGAAGUAGUCAAGAUGCGUGGAUGGAAGAGGUGGAUGGCAUGGAAGGACACUGGUUUGCCAUGGGUCAUGCCAAGUCCCAAUAUGCCUACCGUAGAUACGGCAUUCAUAUAUCCGGGAACUUGUAUGUUCGAAGGAACCAGUAUCUCCGAGGGCCGAGGCACCACUCGCCCAUUUGAAUUACUUGGAAGUCCGUUUGUAAAUGAUUCCUGGGUCACAACAAUGCGGACGCUGGACGUACCACAUGUGAACUUUCGCUCUGCGUGUUUUACUCCCACCACAUCCAAAUUUGACGCCGAGACUGUCUGUGGAUUACAGAAUUAUAUUACUCUCGACAAUGUCCGUGACUACGAGAGUUUUGAUCCAGUUUACUUAGGUGUAUCGCUCUUAUGGAGUGCGAAAAAUUUAUAUACUCACUCGGAAAACGAUUCAGGAUUCGGAAAUACCACCCAAAGUUUUCAUUGGCUAUUCAAUGGUGCCAAUGGGAGUCUAUACGACAUAGAUGUUUUGAGUGGUGGGCCAUUGAUCAGAGAAGCAAUUGAAGCUGGACACACUCCAGCUGAGAUUCGUGCUCAGUGGGGGCAGGGUCUGCGGGAGUUUAAGAAAAGACGCGUGGACGCAAAAUGUCAAACCCGCCCAAUCUCGCUCAGCGAGCAAAUGGCAAGGAUCGCGUCCGUGUUCCCUCGUGUGAGCCAUGCCGUCUCUCCAAACUGGCUUGUGACCAUCGCCGUCCAGCAUGUUCGCGCUGCAUUAAUCGCCAAAUCGUGCCUCGGUGUGUCUACCGAAAAAACCCAUUCAGGAGAAACAAACCUAUUACAGCAAUCCCGGAUCGUCCUCUGUGCACUACAAUCAAGCGCUGCAAACUCCCCAACAUCGGAGCGGCCAUUGUCAACAUUCCAGAUGAAACCCUAUCCGAAUCCUGGGUUCCAGGGAUCUUCAUCUCUAAAAACAGUACUUGAAAAUUUGGGAGGCAAUCUAGCUGUAGGGAUUGAGACAUCUCGCUCAAUUUCCGCCACCCAGCAUUCGUCACGAGAUGCUGUCCUGCGAGCCGACAGCUGCAGGAUGGUAGAAGAGGGGGUUCAGCUUCUUGAUACCUUCCUUGAAUAUCUCUCUCACGAAGCACUCAGAGCAACUUUCUCAGGAACCAAAAUGAGCGGUCUAGAAGCUCAUUUAGGGUUCUCUCUCCUCCCCCCUUUCUUUGAAAGCCUCAUAAAUGAAGUCGAGCUGCUUAAAGUAUCGCAGAAUCGGCAAGAUACCUUACAUACUUUAUCACAGCGUCUGUUUGAAAAUGCUAACCAACCUGUGGAGAUCCACGAAUUUUUGACACUACACGACUUUAUCUCUCAGUAUACUGGGCCUAAUCUGCGCUGGGAGACAGUGGGCCUGAUUAUUGCAUUAGCGGGGCUAGCUUCCACAGAAAUUCGCGUACCACAUGCAGUAUGCAAAACAGAAGAAGAACGACAGCUUCUAAGGACAAACCUGGUUCAUCUGUGCAACAAAUGUGUGGCCUUCUGUGACUCUCUCGAUACAUUGAAUGAUGUUACUAUGAUAUUUCUGUAUGAGAGUUUUCUACUUGCUUCAGUAUUUUAUGGAGACCAAAGUUUCAAGGCUUGGAGACGGCUUAAUCAUGCAUCUAGCGCACUUUUUGCAGAUGGACUUCAUGAGACGGUUAAAGAACGGCAGCUGCUACCAUUUUUUAUUAUAAACCUCCGCCAGCAAAUAUUUGCAAGAAUAUAUGGAUCUGAUAUCAGUUUUGCAGUGUUUUUGGGGCGACCACCGCGUGUGAGUAAGCGCUUUUGCUUUACCAAUAUGCCUCUUGAUGUAAGUGAAGAUACAUAUUACUUGGUUGGAGGUGCUUUGGAUCAGGAGCUACACAACUUGGAUCGAGCUGGCUGGAACACACUAGGCCAGAUAAACAGAAGUGCUAUUAUUCGCUGGUCCAUGAUCACGUCCAUGAUAAGGGAAGAUACGUUAGAAACAUUGCUUGGCCGAGGUCUUUCUGAUAUACCACAGCGCAUCAUUGACCUCAGAGCUAAAAUCGGCCAAGCAUGGGACGAUCUUCCUUCUUUCCUUACAGGUCCAACGCAGAACCUGUGGCAAAGGGGACGGCCUUGUCACGAAGUUGAUAUACUCCAUCAGAUUAGGUUGUUCUACCUCCACACGACAUUCUUAAUUGAAUGGGCGGCGUCAAGGCAUGGUCUCGAUAAUACAAAAGUCCUUUUUGUCAAUGCGAGUGAGCUCCUUGAAUGGGUCAACAAUGCACUAGUGCGGCGUGAACAACUUUCCACUAUCGGCCUUGUCUCUUUAGCAUGGAGGGUGGCUUCCUGUGCCCUUCCAGCGGCGGGAGUCCUUGCCUGGUAUCUUUUGCAGCCAUCAUCUCGCACGGGCCUCGGACAACUUGAUCCGUCAUCCCGGCGACAAAGUGUCGAGAAUCUCUCAGUGCUAAUCGCGCAUAUGGGCAUUUUGCACGAUCCUGGAGACGGCAACUAUCAACUCUUCUGUCAAGCUAAGAAUGCUCUGCAAUCUGCAAUGGACACGAUUCUUCAGCCUUCGCGUACCGACCACUCAGAAAGCCCACUUGAUAUAACCGACCCAACUAUACACGCUGAUUGGUUGUAUUCAGAUUACUUGGGUUUAGGAGUGGACUCUUGGAUUGGUUUACCGGAUCGCGGGUCUUUCACUAGACUGGAUGAUAAUAUGCCCUACUAGCAGUCUUCAUGUCAUUAAAUUGGUCAUAAAUCCUAUUCAGUCUAGGUAAGGCUAUGCAUCAUACUUUCUAUAAGCUAAAUACUCAUCCGCCUUAUGAAAGUACAAACGUAGCCUUUCCUUAUAAUCGC